AUGUAUUAUGACAUCGAUAAUCCUCUCCGUGUGAUACCUUCACUCCUCUAUAUAUUCACAGUUCCUAAGGUGGAUGCACUGAGUGACAGCAUCUCUACCGAUAUUACAAAGAGUGGUGCUCAAGUUCAAGUCACAGUUUCUUUUGACCAAGCCGUGUCAUGUCCGGCUCACCCGGUAACCAACUACACGGUGACGCUCACCUCAAGCACCUCCACCCCCAUCAUUCGGACAGUGACCACACCCCCUAAAGACAACGUCUCUAUCACAGUGGGGGGUCUGAACGACAACACACUCUACACCUACCAGGUGCACGCUAACAAUGCCAUUGGAAGUGCAGCCUCAGCAGUGAAAACAUUUUACACGACUGAUGUGCUCAGCGGCACUGCCAUGGAGAUGAAUGAAGGUACACUGUUCCUGCGUUGUGAGUUUGUCCCCGGAUCCAACGCACUUGGUUGUCAGAUUAAACUGGAGACCCUCACUCGCCUUGGUAACCUCACUCAUUCCCUCUAUCGUAGCCAACCAGAUGCGGACUCUGUGGACACUGUCAUCAACAUCACUAACCUCUCCUGUUACGACAAGAUGCUCGUGUUUGAUAUAGAGUCCGACAACACCACCGGUAACCUAGGCAUGCCGGGAGAGUUCCAUGUCAGUGGCAACAAGCCGUGUAUCGCUCCUUUAAACACAGAAGGUAACGGUAAGAAAAUAAAAAUUGGUCCAAUAUAGAGCUGACUUAAACUAUGUAACAUGUACCUAACAUCAUUCAUUUUGUAUGGUGAAAUUAAUCUUUAAGUAUUACAAGGACAUAUAAUUAUGAGGGUGUACACGCAUGUACCGUAAUUACGACUCCUCCAUAAUUUAUCCGUACUCAGUUUUAUCCUCAUCUUAUAUUGUAAGGCAGUUUCCCAAUACUCAUGCAGCAGACUGAACUAUAAUUAUAGCUAUAUUUAA